AUGGUGCACGUUUCCGGAACCAACAUUAAAGUCGUUAAGAAGAAGCUCACCAAGUUCAAGAGACAUGAGUCAGACAGGUAUUUUUAAUUCAACAAACUUAAAAUCUAUUUAUUGUUUCAAGAUACCGUCGUGUAGCCCCAAGUUGGCGCAAGCCAAAGGGAAUUGAUAACCGCGUCCGUAGACGUUUCCGCGGUAUGCGUGCUAUGCCAACCAUUGGUCACGGAUCUGACCGCAGAACCCGAUUCGUUCUUCCAAGCGGAUUCAAGAAGGUUCUUGUUCAAAACGUUAAGGUAUGUGCUUUAAUUUUCAAAAUUUUUGUUUUCAUCAGUUUUUGUUGAAAUUUCAACUUAAUAAUGUUGGGUUAUUCAAGUUUUGCCUUUGGACUUUAUAAACAACCUAUAAAUUUUUUGUUACUAUUAGGCCAAUGAAUUUUAUAUUUUAAAAAUAUGAUUUUGAAUCGAAAAUGAUUUUUUGGUAGGCGACAAUUUUUGAAAGUUUUCAAAAUAUAGUUAACUUAACUCAGGCAAACGGGCCGACUAAUCGGCGACCAACUGGCGAUAAAUCGCCUGUCAACUAGUAGUUGGUCGCACAUUAGUCGGCGAUUAAUCGGCCUACAUAUAAAUGAGCAGAAAAGUUGGUCGGCCGACAAAAAAGUUGGUCGUCGAUUAGUCGGCCCACAAAAGUUAGUCGGCGAUUAGUCGCCCCAGGAGAAGUUGGUCAACGAUUAGUCGCUCCACGUAAAGUUAGUCACCGAUUAGUCGGCUAGUUUGCCUGAGAACAUUUAAAUUCAGGACUUGGACAUGAUCCUCAUGCAAUCAUACAAAUACAUCGGAGAAAUCGGACACGGAGUUUCUGCCAAGAGCCGCAAGAACAUCGUUGAGAGAGCCGCCCAAUUGAACAUAAGAUUGACAAACGGAAACGCUCGUCUUCGUACCGAAGAAUCGGAAUAA